AUGGCAGCUACCUCCUACUAUCCCCUUUCUUCAAAGGAAGAAUUGUUGAAAUAUUUUGUUGGAAAAUCGUUGAAAGAUGUUGUAACACCUGCGGCGGUGCUUGAUCUGAGCAAAUUAAAGAGCAACUGCAGCCAGAUGCUGGAAGCUGUUGAUACCUUGAAGUUUGGAUGGAGAGCUCAUAUCAAAACACACAAGACUACGGAACUCACAAGGCUGCAAGUUGGUGGAGGCUUGGGGCCAGUCAACAUCAUUGUCUCGACCUUGAUAGAAGCUGAAAAUAUCAUCCCCUUACUACUGGAAUACGAAGCAGCAGGUAGAGUAGUCAGCCUCCUCUACAGCUUCCCCGUGACUCCAGCCGCUGCCGAGCGCCUCUCCCUAAUCUCCAAAGCCCUCGGACCGAACGGACUUUCUCUUAUGGUUGACCACCCCGACCAACUCCCCGCAAUUCUCGCCAUUCAUUACAAUACCUCCAUCGUUCCUCAGAUCUUCCUCAAAAUUGAUAUGGGCGCGCGCCGGGCCGGGGUAGCUCCUCAGACAGAAGCUUGUUCCUCUCUGCUCAGCUCCCUUCUCUCCUUUGAAUCGGCAGGCAAGGCGCAUCUUCUCGGCCUCUAUGCCCAUGCAGGACAAUCAUACUACGGCUCCCGUCGAUCGACCGCCCUAGACUUGCUGCGUCAAGAAUUCGAGGCCCUGCUCGUAACUGCCUCGGCCGUCCACUCUGUGACUCCAUCUAAACAUCUGAUUCUCUCUGUCGGCGCAACACCUACCACAACCUCCAUCCGCAAUUUGCUCAUCGACCACGAAGAUUCGGAUGCCACUCCUACGGUAGAAGGGAAAGCAAUAGCAGCUUUAAGAGCCACAAUCGCUGCGAUACGGGAGCAGAAGUGCGCGAUCGAAGUCCAUGCUGGCGUCUACCCAACGCUUGAUAUCCAGCAGCUAUCUACACAUGCUCUUCCCACCGAAGGACCGCACGCAAUGCUCACCUGGAAUGAUCUCGCUCUUACUAUAGUUGCUGAAGUAGCUUCUGUCUACCCCAGCCGUGGGAAGAACGGCACUCCGGAAGCCUUACUUGGAAGCGGAACUCUCGCCUUGGGCAGAGAACCAUGCAAAGCCUACGAAGGCUGGGGAAUCUUGACUCCCUGGAAUCGCCCAGGAGUCGGCAUGCCUAGCGCUGGACCAGAGAACCAUGUUGGGUGGCAUGUUGGAAGGAUUAGUCAGGAACAUGGGAUCUUGGUUUGGAGUGGAGAGGGGAAUCCUGAAGAAUUGAGCGUAGGGCAGAAGGUUCGGGUUUGGCCGAAUCAUGCUUGCGUUGCUGGGGCUGGGUUUGGGUGGUAUUUAAUUGUGGAUGAGACGAAGGUAGGAAGGGAGGAUGAGAUUAUUGAUGUUUGGCCCAGGUGGAGAGGGUGGUGAAGCUUCAAAUAAGCGGCUUUGGUAUUGAGUAAUAUUACGGUAAUGGAUCACGAAGAAACGACGAAUAGCUAGAAAUGCUUUAAUGAAUCAAAUGGCGUUC